UUUUUGCAUCAAACAGUAUUUUAUAUUCUAGAAAAUUGGAAAGUAUAACUGCCUUCCGUACUAAUCGUAGACCGUAGAAAACGUACGAGUUUUCAAUCUCUUUCGGAUACUUCAGCAACGGCUGAAGCCCUUUAGGUUGCCAUAGAGCUGCUACAAGCCUCUAAAUAGCAUGUGUUGAGCUUAACCAAUUAAUCAUCAAUGACGCUAUUUGGAUUCAAGCUUAUGAUUCGUCCGAUCUUCUCGGGGUUGGCAUCUGCUAAGUUGGUAAGCCAAAGCGGGCAAGAAGAGAGAGUCCUAAGAUUAAUUAACCUGCUAGGCAUCACCACCCCGCAGGACGCAUCUUCUAUUCUAGACGCAACCUACCAGAUACUUUCACACACUUUAUAAAGACGCAUAGACAUCUCAGUUCCAUCAUGGAUUAUGGCCAAACGAAGCCAGUGCAUGCUGGCCCGGAAGAUGGUUGGCAUGGAGUGAUAGGACCGGGAUCACGGUUCCCUCCAGAGUCCGGCCGGUAUCACCUAUACAUCGGCUAUUUCUGUCCCUUUGCACAUAGAGCCAACUUGGUACGUGUGCUGAAAGGGCUCGAGUCUGCAAUUGAUAUUUCGGUCGUGAAGGCCUAUCCCAAAGGAGAAGCUGGCUGGUCCUUUCCUGGGGCUAACGGACCUGACGACACAUACGAAGAUUCAACUCCCGAUAAACUCUUUGGGUCCAAGUACCUGCAUGAAGUCUACUUCCGUGCGGAUGAAAACUACAAAGGCCGGUACAGCGUUCCGAUGCUUUGGGACAUUAAGGAUGGAACCAUCGUGAAUAACGAGAGUCUAGAGAUGUUGCGAUGGCUGCAAACAGGGUUCAAUGGCAUACUACCCAGGGGUAGCCUGCAGAGGGAGCUUACCCUGUAUCCGAAGCAUCUACGGGCGGAGAUUGACGAAGUCAGUAAAUGGCUGACUCGCGAUCUCAAUUCCGGUGUCUACAAGGCAGGCUUCGCGCGAGAUCAAGCUGCCUAUGAGGAAGGCGUGAUACCCGUCUUUGCGGCGCUGAACCAGCUGGAACAAUUGAUCCACAAGAAUGGCGGGCCGUACGUUCUCGGAGAAGAGCUCACGGAGCUGGAUAUCCUGGCUUACCCGACCGUGAUCCGAUUCGAUGUUGUCUACGUGCAGCACUUCAAGUGCAAUUUGGGCACCAUCCGGGGUAACUAUCCCGUUAUACACGAGUGGCUGAAGAACCUGUACUGGAACGUCGAGGGUUUCCGCAAGACCACCAACUUCAAGCACAUCAAAGAAAACUAUACUAAGAGUCACUCCGACAUUAAUCCGCUUGCGAUAACACCACUAGGCCCUUUCCCAGACAUCGAGGAUAGUGUCAAUCUAGAUUUCGGCCAUAUCAGACCCGGAGUUGUAGCUCACCCUGCUGUGCUUGAGAAGCAAAGGGGGCUUCCUGAUAUUUAAUUAAAUGAUGUAAUUGAUUUCUAAUCUGGCUUUCAUCUUUUAUGGCUUGAAGGUAUCGUUAUAAGUAAGCGAGAAUUCAACGAUGGCUUGCCACAGCCGAGGCAUCGUUGAGUCCAGAUCGCUGGCUUUCGAGGGGGCGGAUGUCAAGUAGUAGCAGCGUGAGAGGGGUACAUAUGUAGGUAUGCCGACUUAAUGUACGUUCCCGAUCUCUAGGGUCUCUGGCAUUAUCCCCCGUUCUUAUCAAUCCAGGUACACAUGUAACCAGCCAUCGUUGGUUGGAUGCUAUCUUUACAUGUGUGUUUCUAUAAGUCAAACGCGAUAAGGUCAACCAAUGCCAAGACAUGGAAGAGGAUAAGUACGGUAUUAGCUGAAGAUCGCCGCCAAGGAUAACUCUACACCUGAGCCAAUCCCCCUGAUUUCCAAUAUCUAUAUUAUACUCACUAUUGAAUACAUAAUACACUUGCUUAUCUAUACCUAC